ACAACUUCGCCUUUUUGAUCAAUCUCAUCAGGCUCUGUUUCUUGAAAUCAAAUUCAUCAUGAGUUUCCCGCAGCUACUUCACCUGCUGAAGGUCUAGCUCGUCGUCGGUGCCAAACGAGAACAAUUGAUUUCUGUGUUCUCUAUCUAUCAACGGAGCGCUUGGACCAGCUAUUUUAUCUUCCUCCAAUCGGGGCGCUAGUCUCAUCCACGCCCUAUCCCGUCGUGUAUCUGCGUAGCAAGUCCAUUGAUCAACAGGCACAGCAAGCCCAGCAUUCUCAAUAAACGCAAUCCUUUGAGGGAUCCUUUGAGGGAUAUGAUGCGUCUCUUCACAAAUCCAACAUCUUUUCGGCUUGCAAAUAGCCUGGCAGCCAGGGCAGCGGAGCAACAACAUGCCGCCACUGCAAUGAAUGUGUUCAGAAGAGCCAUGGAAACUCGCGCCUCUCACCCGGCCUUUGGCCAUCUCGUACUGCUCGUCUUCGAAGCGGUCUUGGAAGUCGUAUGCGUGAGCGCGCCAGGAUAUAUCAUUGCUCGCCAAGGCAUGUUCGAUGCCGAAAUGCAGAAAUUCGUCGCCCAUCUCAACGUCCAGCUCUUCACACCUUGCCUCAUUUUCACUAAACUGGCAUCUCAAUUAACAGCAGAGAAGCUCGCGGAACUUGCUGUUAUCCCUGUCAUCUUCAUCGUCCAGACAUUUGUCUCUUAUUUUUGUUCAGUUGUAAUUUCUAAAGUUUUCCGUUUCAAGAAACAGCCAAGAAAUUUUGUCAUUGCCAUGGGAGUCUUUGGUAACUCAAAUUCAUUGCCAAUAUCUCUCGUGCUCUCCUUAUCUAAGACGAUCAGCGGUUUACAUUGGGAUAAGAUCCCUGGCGAUAAUGAUGAUGAGGUGGCUGCACGGGGCAUUCUUUACCUCCUCAUCUUUCAGCAAUUGGGUCAAUUGGUAAGGUGGAGCUGGGGCUAUCAUGUUCUCUUGGCUCCGCCUCACACAUACAAGGAAGAUGAUCAGCAUACCAUGUCGCAAAUCGAACGGGGACGCUAUCGAGAUGAUCCCGAAGAGGAGGACGAAGAAGAUCUUUUGGGGGAGGAGCCUUCUGGUGAAGACGCUAGGACUUCAGUGGCGUCUGGUCCUCAAACUAAUGGUCAUGCUCAAGCCAUUGAUACUCAUUCCGUCACAACCAAGCCUGCCUCAAACCAUACAUCAGGCGCCAACGGCGUGAAAUACAGCAAUGGAGAACAAACAGAUACAACAAGGCCGCCUGCUUUGCUUCCGACGCCUGCAAACGGUAACAUCGGCAUUGGCCUGGAAUCCGAGGGCGACAUUACUUCUUUUCCGCAUAUUACAUCCAGAUACCCUGAAUUACAAGAUGAAGUGCCUCCAGGAAUCAAGGGUUAUCUUGUUCGAGUUCUGAGAACGCUAAAGAGCGCCUUCUCAACCUUGUCCUCGCGUCUUUCCACGGCAUCAAGAAAUGUCUUCCAUGAUCUGCCGAGACCAGUUCAGAAGGGUUUGGCCAAAUCAACGGCUGGUCUUCGCCGUUUUCUAUACGGACUUUGGGAAUUCAUGAACCCCCCGCUCUGGGCUAUGCUGAUUGCCAUCAUUGUUGCUUCGGUGCCUUCCCUGCAAAGUCUAUUCUUCAGCGACGGUACUUUCAUCAAAAAUUCGGUCACGAGUGCCGUCAGCCAAAGCGGAGGUGUUGCCGUGCCUUUAAUUUUGGUUGUUCUAGGAGCAAACUUAGCACGCAACACCCUGCCAGAUGAGUCCCAUCGCACCAUUGAGCAUGAUAAAGAAGAGACCAAGCUUCUCAUUGCGUCGCUCCUCAGCCGCAUGCUCUUGCCGACCGUUAUCAUGGCUCCAUUGCUGGCGCUGGCGGCCAAAUUCGUGCCGGUCAGUAUCUUGGAUGAUCCUAUUUUCGUUAUCGUAUGCUUUCUCCUCACUGGAGCACCCAGUGCUCUACAACUCGCCCAAAUUUGCCAAAUCAACGGGGUCUACGAAGGAGUGAUGUCUCGUCUGCUUUUCCAGAGCUACGUCAUUUGGAUUCUUCCGUCCACGCUUAUUCUGGUCAUGCUAGCAUUGGAGGUCGUCGAGUGGGCUGCUUGAUCUACUGAAAGCAUCCCUACAAGACCGUACCUUAGCAUCUAACUAACUUUCUGUUGUCGCUCAUGUUAAAAUUGAAAUGCAUAGACUGGGUAGAAGCUUGGAGUCUGGUGUUGAGAACGAUUGGGAACAUUCGGAUAAUCUCAUUUCGUGGCUUGUCUCUCCUUCUCUCUCCUUUUUAUCCUACGAUUCAUGUACGAUAUGAUGUUCGUAAAAUUGCUCAAACCGAGUUCACUUUACUCAGCUGCC